AUCGAAGUUGAUGGUCCGCCAAGCUACCUUCGGAACGAUCCCACGCGCUCCGUCUACUUUGGAAAUGGUUGCUUCUGGCACACACAGUAUGACUUUGUCGUGCUGGAGCAACACCCUGCUGGCCCAUUUCGAAGAAAUGACACUGAAGUUACCAGCCUUGUGGGAUAUGCUGGAGGCCGUUUCCAGAGCCCCAGCGGUGCCGUGUGCUACCAUGGCUGGCCUGGAACGGACUACUCACGUUUAGGUCAUGCAGAGGCAGUAUCCAUAGAGUUGGACACUGCGACUGGUGAGCUGGCGCGCAAGCAGGUAGCGGCUUUGGCGAAGGACUACUUUGAGCACGGGUUUCAGAGCCUCCCAGAUGGACGGAGGCAGCGCCUGGAUCCACAGGAUGUUGGGGCAGAGUACCGCAACGAAGAGACAGUCGCAUUGAUUGGCCCGAUGUUAUCGACCUCAGGUACAGAAUACCGAAAGUUCAAACAAGCCUUCAUCCGCAAGGCCGAGCCGAACGAGAAGGUUCAGACCAUCCUGCAGGGGAAGGUGGAAACCGAAAAUGUGGCCAGUGAGGGUGACAUGGUGGUCCGUGCAGACACCAGCUCCAAAGAAGAGUAUAUCCUCAAAGCCGAGACCUUUCAGAAGUUCUACUGUGAUGCAGCUCCAAUCGAUGCCGCCCACCCGGAUGCUGCGGAGCUGCAGCGUUUGGGCUUCCAGGCCUAUCGACCGAACCGGCGUUUGAAGGCGGUGGAGGUGGACGCCGCGCUGGCCGCCAAGUUUGAAGGCGGGCGUUUCAUGGCGGCGUGGGGAGAGCCGAUGUGCGUGGAGGUCGGGGACUUCCUGGGGUCUGGGCAAGUGGCGGAGGACGGACGAGUGCUGGAAGUGAUCCGGAUUGAGAGGAAGUCCUUCUUUGAGACCUACGAAGUCAUUGGCCUUCCCGGCGGCAUGGACAAUCAGGAACUUUGGCCCCUCAUUGAGGCCGGCAACGCCUACGGAAUGCCCCUGCGGCGAGGAGCGAUCGGGGAUUCCGAAGGCUCGGCUCUUUGCGCGCCCGUCCAGACGCCGGUGCCGAGCGGACUGGCCCUACCAAACCCGGAAGGUGAGUUUGUGGUCUACGUUUACGAUUCAGUGCAGUAUCCCUUUUUCCGUGGUGAAGCUUCGCAUCAGUUUCAUCCGAACAGCGUGAUCCAGCGCCCGGUGCCGGCCUCCUACACCGGGGACUUGAAAGCCACCCAGGCACAGCUGGGCCGCAUUGCUGAAGACAGGGGCUGCACCGGGCUGCCCGUGGAGCUCUCCGCGCUGAUUGCGUUUGUGUGUGCUGCUGCAUGCUCCAUGGGGUUGAUGUUCUUGUACAGCAGCUUGUUUUCCGAGACGAAGGCCUUUGAAUGCAUCAGACCGCAGCGGGUAGCGUCCGCCCACGACGUCUCCCACGGCUCCCACGCGUAG